UACAAGUCGAGCGAGGCUGCGCCGUUGUGAUUUGUAACCUGUGGCAUGUUGGGAAGAUGGUUCACAUAGGGUUACACACCGCGACUUGUCUUAUUAUCAUGACGUUGUCUGGUGCUUGAGGAUCAACUGGGACAAAGGGGGAUGCACAUAACGUAGUAUCUGGAGGGAAAGGGGUGGAUCGGGAUCCGCGGUUUGAUGUGGUGUUGUUAAUGCAUGGCAAAUAAGAGUCCUGGUGCCGCCAUUUUCCGAUGUUGGUAAUGUUUGAUAUAGAUGGAGACAGCACAGUGUACUGGAGUACUGUGUAUGAAGUGUUGGGGCCCAGAUGUGGUUUGGGAGAAUCGAGGUGGGAUAGAUAACUAUCAACCGAGGCACGACAUCCAAUCCCAAUCACGGAGCCAGUCAACGGCAGCCAACAUCGAUCGCCAUCAAAGCAUCUGGAACUGCCUGGCUCCAGCCCCAGUCUCCACACAGGUUCCCACAUCCUCUUCUCUCCUCAUAAUUGAAAACAGUUCCAAUUUUACAAGCAUAUCGCUGAUUAGCUUGUUUUUGCAUCAGGCCAUUUGUUCGAGAACGCUUAGAGAAGGUCGAACCGUAGGACGACAACCUCGUCUAAAAAUACCUCGUUCAAGGCCAGCUUCGCCGCUUCAGGGGGGUGGCGCGACAGGCGGAGAAUUGAAGUUGGUUAUCAGUGAUGACUUAUCACAGGUUCCUUGCCGUGGGCCUUUCGGUACGACGGUGCGCUCGGAGCUGCUACUCAUUGGCUCCUUACUGUAGUCGAGUGUUUCCAUACAGAAACAGAACCCCAAUAGCCUAGCGGAAGCGGCUUCUGACGCCAAACGACGUGGAUCUGCAGGGAGAGGCGACGCCAUCUUCGCGU